UGCAAAUCUCGCUGGGCUCUCGCGGCGGGAAGCGGCGGCAGGGUCUCUUUUUGCAUUCCCAAGAUGCAGGCAGAUUCGCUCCUUCACAGUGGCUAUUUCCACCCCGUGCUGCGCUCGUGGCAGUGCACAGCCACCACCUUCAAUGCCUCCAACCUUAUCUACCCCAUCUUUGUCACUGACAGCCCUGAUGCGGUGGAGCCGAUUGCCAGCCUCCCUGGACAGGCCAGGUACGGAGUCAACAAGCUGGAGGGGAUGCUGCAGCCCCUUGUUGAGGAUGGUCUGAAGUGUGUGCUCAUCUUCGGGGUGCCCAGCAAGGUCCCCAAGGAUGAGAGAGGCUCUGCUGCAGAUGCAGAAGACACACCUGCCAUCCAGGCCAUCAGGAAGAUCUGCUCCACAUUCCCACAGCUGCUCAUUGCCUGUGAUGUCUGCCUGUGUCCUUACACCUCCCAUGGGCACUGCGGCAUCCUGCGGGAAGAUGGCACCAUCCAGAAUGAGGCCAGUUGCCAGCGGCUAGCAGAAGUGGCACUGGCUUAUGCCCAAGCAGGCUGCCACAUUGUUGCCCCCUCGGAUAUGAUGGAUGGGCGCAUUGCAGCCAUAAAGAAGGCUCUGAUCUCCAACGACAUGGGCAACAAGGUCUCAGUGAUGAGCUACAGUGCCAAGUUUGCUUCAUGCUUCUAUGGACCCUUCAGGGACGCUGCACAAUCCAAACCUGCCUUCGGAGAUCGGCGCUGCUACCAGCUGCCCCCAGGUGCCCGCGGCCUGGCACUGCGAGCUGUGGACAGGGACGUGCGUGAGGGUGCAGACAUGCUGAUGGUGAAGCCUGGGAUGCCCUACCUGGACCUUGUGCGGGAUGCCAAGGAGCGGCACCCCACGCACCCGCUGGCCGUGUACCACGUCUCGGGAGAGUUCGCCAUGCUGUGGCACGGGGCGCAGGCAGGCGCCUUCAGCCUGAAGGCCGCGGUCAUGGAAGCCAUGGCCGCCUUCCGGCGUGCAGGGGCCGACACCAUCAUCACGUACUUCACGCCGCAGCUGCUGCGCUGGCUGAGGGAGGACGCGGCGGCGGGGCGGGCCUGAGCCGGUGGGCGGGGCCGGAAGUGCCGGGGCCGGAACCGGAAGCGCUGGGGACGAAACCGGAA